CUUGGGUCUUCCCAACGACCGAAAAGAGCAUGAACUAGUGAGCUGGAAAGGAUAUUUAGAUGGAAGCUUGAGAAGCACCGCUUACUUAAUAAGAGCUGACAGAUACCUGGCAGCAGAGUAGAUAAAGCUCAUGGCCUACCAGCUAGAAAGUAUCCUUGCCAUGAAAAAGAGGACGUGAUAAGUUGUUCAGCUUAUGAAAUUCAAGUUACAUGUGAAUUCUGCCAGGCAAUACAAGGACCUGUGGAAUAUGAGUGAUGACAAACCCUUUCUAUGUACUGCCCCUGGAUGUGGCCAGCGUUUUACCAACGAGGAUCAUUUGGCUGUCCAUAAACAUAAACAUGAGAUGACACUGAAAUUUGGUCCAGCACGUAAUGACAGUGUCAUUGUGGCUGAUCAGACCCCAACACCAACAAGAUUCUUGAAAAACUGUGAAGAAGUGGGUUUGUUUAAUGAGUUGGCAAGUCCAUUUGAGAAUGAGUUCAAGAAAGCCUCGGAAGAUGACAUUAAAAAAAUGCCUCUAGAUUUAUCUCCUCUUGCAACACCCAUCAUAAGAAGCAAAAUUGAGGAGCCGUCUGUUGUAGAAACAACUCACCAGGAUAGUCCUUUACCUCACCCAGAGUCUACUACCAGUGAUGAGAAGGAAGUACCAUUGGCACAAACUGCACAGCCUACAUCAGCUAUCGUUCGUCCAGCAUCUUUACAAGUUCCCAAUGUGCUGCUUACAAGUUCUGACUCAAGUGUCAUUAUUCAGCAGGCAGUACCUUCACCAACGUCAAGUACUGUAAUCACCCAGGCACCGUCCUCCAACAGGCCAAUUGUUCCUGUACCAGGCCCAUUUCCUCUUCUGUUACAUCUUCCUAAUGGACAAACCAUGCCUGUUGCGAUUCCUGCAUCAAUCACAAGUUCUAAUGUGCAUGUUCCAGCUGCAGUCCCACUUGUUCGACCAGUCACCAUGGUGCCUAGUGUUCCAGGAAUUCCAGGUCCUUCCUCUCCUCAACCAGUGCAGUCAGAAGCAAAAAUGAGAUUAAAAGCUGCUUUGACCCAGCAACAUCCUCCAGUUACCAACGGCGAUACUGUCAAAGGUCACAGUAGUGGUUUGGUUAGGACUCAGUCAGAGGAAUCUCGACCACAGUCAUUACAACAGCCAGCCACAUCCACCACAGAAACUCCGGCUUCUCCAGCUCACACAACUCCACAGACCCAAAAUACAACUGGUCGUCGAAGAAGAGCAGCUAAUGAAGAUCCCGAUGAAAAAAGGAGGAAGUUUCUGGAAAGAAAUAGAGCAGCAGCUUCAAGAUGCCGACAAAAGAGAAAAGUCUGGGUUCAGUCUUUAGAGAAGAAAGCAGAAGACUUGAGUUCAUUAAAUGGUCAACUGCAGAGUGAAGUCACCCUGCUGAGAAAUGAAGUGGCACAGCUGAAACAGCUUCUUCUGGCUCAUAAAGAUUGCCCUGUAACCGCCAUGCAGAAGAAAUCUGGCUAUCAUACUGCUGAUAAAGAUGAUAGUUCAGAAGAUUUGUCAGUGCCGAGUAGUCCACAUACCGAAGCUAUACAACAUAGUUCUGUCAGCACAUCCAAUGGAGUCAGUUCAACUUCCAAGGCAGAAGCUGUAGCCACUUCAGUCCUCACCCAGAUGGCGGACCAGAGUACAGAGCCUGUGCUUUCGCAGAUUGUCAUGGCUCCUUCCUCCCAGUCACAGCCCUCAGGAAGUUGAUUAAAAACCUGCAGUGCAGCAGCUUUAGAUACUCAUUAGUGACUUCAAAGGGAAAUCAAGGAAAGACCAGUUUCCAUUUAUGCGAAAUCUGUGGUUGUAAAUUUUUUUUUGUUUUUUACUUGAAAUUAAAUUUGACUCUAAAGUUGGUGUAGCAGCAGUUGA